AGGAACUUCUGAACUCCCGCAGUAAACAAGACGCUGAUUAAGAGCUGAUUUACAUUAUUCCCUGGUGCAGGGUAUGCUGGUUAACUAAACUAUCUGUUAUGUGCCGAGAUACCCCUUUGGAAACCAUUCUUAUUUGCACACACCGAACAAGUGAACGACGCUGAGUUGGGACAGGAUUCUGGGAGAAGGAUCUCUUGUCCUUCUGUCUUUCUGAUGGAGUCCUACAGACGGACUGGCCUUCAACAAGGUGGCCUCCCGCACGCGUGCACCCAGCCCGGCCGCGCCCCCAGGACCGCCGCGGGCUCCUACGGCCUCAGCAUCAGAGUGCAGGGCAUCGACGGGCACCCCUACGUCGUCCUGAACAACCAGGACCGCGGCGUAUCCAACGGCAACGGGGAGACAGAGGAGUCCUUCAUCGAUAACUACCAUGAGUACGACUUCAGAGGCGGGAAGGAGGGCGGGGCCGGCGGGCCCUUCAAGGAGUUCCGCUCCCGGAGCCAGACGCAUCACAGCGAGCCUCAGCCGGUGGCCGCAGACCCCCCAGGAAGGAAGCCCCCCAGCCUGCUGAACUUCCAGAAACAUCCGGAGAUCCUGCAGCCGUACGACCCCGAGUACAACUCCCUGGGGCUGGACGGGCCCCAGAGUCGGCCCGCGCGGCCUCACUCCCUGUCGGGCCCCGGGGGCCGGCAUGAGGGCCCCCCCACCAAGCCUCCUUCCCCGGUCGGCCCCCACGCCCCGUCGACCAGCCCGGGCCCGGACGCCGUUCCUGCACCUCAGAACCCCGCCGCCCCGACCAAACCGGGGGGGCCCCAGCCUGCAGCCCGGCCCCCGGGGGCCCCGUCCCACUCCAGGGCCAAAGCCCAGGGGCCCCCCCACCCCAGACCCCUGGGUUCCUCUCAGUCCAGGUCUUCCUCUACCCCCCGGGUCCCGAGCCCACCCAGCCACCCCGCCCCCCAGGCCCCCGUCCAGGGGCCGGACCCCGGCCGGGCCCCCAGGGCCCUCAGCAGCGCCGAGUCCACCCUGGAGCGGGGGCGCCCGCGGCCCGACGUCCUCCCCCUCCGCAGGACGGACUCCAGCGGGCCCGUCCUGGAGGCCUCCUCGCGCUCCCGGACCUCCUCCUCCUCCUCCUCCACCGCGCCGGGCCCCCGGGGGCCCCCGCCCGACGACCCCAUGGAGGCGCUGUACUCGGACACCAUCAACCGCCACCAGAACCGGCGCUACAUCCCCUUCCUGCCCGGCUCGGGCCGGGACAUCGACCGCGGCUCCAUCCCGGGCGUGGACGAGCUCAUCGAGAAGUUCGACGGGAAGGACGGCAGCCCGCCGCGGAGGGGCCGGGCCGGGCGCCGGAACCGCCUCAACCCGGAGGACAGGAAGCGCUCGCGCAGCGUGGACAGCGCCAUGCCCUUCGCCCCGCAGGACGGCUCGGAGUACCUGGAGCGCUUCGGCCAGCAGCGGGGCAGCUCCAUGGAGCACGUCCUCAGACCCUCCCAGCUGAGGAGGAGCGCGGGCAGCCAGGACUCCUGGGUCUCCGUGGUGGACGGGAAGCCCGGCUCCAGGCCGCCGCCGUCGUACGGCCACAGCACCCCCACCUCCCCGCGGAACAGCGUCUCCAAGGGGUCCGGCUCCAUCCAGGGGUACACCAGACCGCCCGGUCGCUCCUCCAGCGCUCUGUCGCUGAAGAGUAAUGAGCAUGGAGACGGGUCCUCCUCCCUUGGGAAGGGUUCGCCCAACGGGACGGUGGCUCCUUCGAAGGCUUCGUCCAGCGCAGGCGCGCAGCCAGUCGCAGGGGCAGCAGUUCAGGUGACGCCUGAUCUUCUGAAAGGCCAGCAGGAGAUUUCACAACAAACCCACGAAGAAACAGCCAAGCAGAUUUUGUAUAAUUACCUGAAGGAUGGAUGUAGUGACACUGAUGACACCACCAAGAGGAAGGUGAACCUGGUGUUCGAGAAGAUCCAGACGUUGAAGUCUCGUGCGUCCGGAGGCGUCCAGGUGGACAACCACCAGCCGUCCGUUGACAUGGCCGCUCAGACACGGUCUCUGCAGGAGCAGAAGGAAAGGCUGGAGAAGGAAAUAUUGGACACGAAACAGAAACUUGCAGAACAGUCCAAGAAGAGUCGUCUGGACUCGGAGAAGAUCGGGUCGGGUCUGAAGGAGCUGCAGCAGAGCGACGAUGAGCGUUCUCGUCUGAACACCAAGCUGACGAAGACGGAAGCCGAUCUCCAGACCACGCUAGAGGAGCUGUUCCAGGUGAAGAUGGAGAGGGAGAAGUACCAGAGCGAGAUACGAGACCUGCAGGAUCAGCUGUCAGAGAUGCACGAUGAGCUGGACUCCGCCAAGAAGUCUGCUGCAGCUGACGAGGAGAAAGACGCACUGAUGACGGACCUGAUGGUGCUGAGAGCAGAGCUGCAGGAGCUCCUCCUGUCUCGAGAGGAGCUGGAGGAGAUGCUGAGGAGGAGGGAGAGGGAGCUGACGGCGCUGAAGGGGGCUCUGAAGGAGGAGGUGGCCUCCCACGACCAGGAGGUGGACAAGCUGAGGGAGCAGAACCAGAAGGAGAUCGGCCGGCUGCAGACCAGCCUGGAGGAGAUCCAGCAGGGCCAUGCGGCGGCCGUGCGGGAGAAGGCCCAGCUGGAGGCGGCCCGGGGGGCGGCGGAGGACAAGGCGGGGGGCCUGUCCCUGGAUGCGGAGCGGUCCCACGCGCGGAGCCUGGAGCUGGAGGCCCAGGUGGGCCGACUGACCCGGGUGGUGGAGGAGGCCCGGCAGCAGGAGACCCGGCUGGGCGACAGGGUGGUCCGCCUGGAGAGGGACAAGAAGCACCUGGAGGAGGCUGUGGCGGAGGUGAAGGAGCAGGAGGAGGAGAUGUCGCGGGCCAACCGAGCGCUGAGCACGCGCUUCGACGACGUACAGAGAACCCUGAGCAAGCUGAGCCUGGAGCACCGUGAGCUGGAGGAGCGGCUGGCCGAGGAGCGGCUCCAGAAGGAACAGUUCAAGACCACCAAGAACCAGAUCGAGGACGAGCGGAGGCUGCUGGACCGCACGGUGGAGAAGCUGCAGAAGGAGAUGAACGAGAUCGUGGACGCGUCGCAGUCCUCCACCCAGGAGCUGCAGGAGCAGAUCGACGUCUACAAGGAGAAGAACCGGCGGGAGCUGGCGGAGCUGCAGCGGCAGCUGAGGGAGCGCGCCCUGGAGCUGGACCGGUCGCAGGGCGCCGCCCGGGGCCUGCAGGAGGAGCUGACCCGGCGGGUGGAGGAGCUGCAGCAGUGCCAGGGGGAGCGCGACGAGGCACUGCUCCUGCAGAGCGCUCUGCAGCGCAGCGUGGAGGAGCUGCAGAGCGCCUCCCAGACCAGCGCCCACACCAAGGAGGAGAGGGCCCGGCACCUCAAGCUCAUGGAGGAGAGGAUCGUCCAGCUGGAGCAGGACCUGGACGAGGAGCGGCAGGGUGGAGACCAGCUCAUGGACCGCAUCGACCGCGGGCGAGACCAGGUGGAGCAGAUGAGGGGUGAGCUGCUGCAGGAGAGGUCCAGCCGACAGGACCUGGAGUGUGACAAGAUGGCUCUGGAGAGACAGAACAAGGACCUGCGGGGCCGUGUGUCUCACCUGGAGGGCUCCCAGAGGACCAGCCAGGAGGGGGUGGUCUCCCAGCUGGAGGGGCGCGUGGGGGAGCUGGAGGAGCGCCUGGAGGCGGAGGAGCGGGAGCGAGCUAAUCUCCAGCAGACGAACCGCCGUCUGGAGAGGAAGCUGAAGGAGAUGGUGAUGAGUGUUGACGAAGAACACCACGGCCUGCAGGACCAGAGGGACCAGCUGAACCUGCGUCUGAAGGCCCUGAAGCGCCAGAUGGACGGGGCGGAGGAGGAGAUGGACCGCCUGGAGCACGGCAAGAAGAAGCUGCAGCGAGAGCUGGACGAGCAGCAGGAGGCCAACGAACAGCUGCAGAGCCAGCUCAAGACGCUGCGCAGCGAGAUGAGGCGUAAGACCACCUCCGCUCCUCUGCUCACCGCCAUGGAUGACGACGACGACGAUGACGAUGACGUGAGCACCGACGGAGAGACCUACUUCAGCUCCUCGUCGGUGUACAAGCGCUCUUCCAGUCAGGACAACAUCAUGUCCACCUUUGCGUUGUGAGCCCAUCGGACGCACCCUCAGAAACACGUCUUUAGAGCACAACCCCACCAACGAGGAAUCAGCGAGUUCGGUCUCAAUAGGAAACACAAUCACGCAGAGCAUCCGUCCUAACCUUGGAUAAGAGAACCUCUAUACCUUUCAAGGAUACGUCCACAUUGACUCGAACUCUAAUGCACUGUAAAUGUAGUUUCACUUUUAUUUCCCUAAAAAAUGUCUGAAGUUGCAUACUCUACUAAUGAUUUGAUAUUACCUUGCUCAGAAAUUACCAUUUAAAUAUAUAUUUACUUUUGUAAUCAAUCGAUCAACUCUGAUUAUAUUAACGAGGGCAUGGACGCUUCGGCCUGUUCAGCCAAAAACAUAUUUAUUCAGGUUGGACUAUAUCAACAGGCUGUCAUAUUUUCUGUGGUUGGGGGAAAGGGGAUUUAAAUGAGGGACUCUGUUCAGCGCAUUGUAUUUGAUAUCCAAUGUUCCCUAUAGCUCCUUUUUACCAGGCUUGUUACCCAUUCAAAGUCUGAGAUGUUUCAGUAUUCUUCGUCAUGCAUUUAAUUGAAAGUGCUUGGAAUAUGUAAUAUUAUAUUGCAAUUGUCAAUUUAGUUGAACUUAUUUUAGUUGUUUUUUUUGUGUUUUCCGUGAUCUUCUUGAUACCGGUCUUCAGAAUCAUUGUUUCAGGCUCAGACAAAAUGGCUGUCAUAACAAACAGCAUGUGACAUGUGUUAAGCUAGUUCCAUAACUGCAACAUUUUCCAUGACACAGUGUUAUUUACAUAUCUAGCAAUAGAUAUUCUACAUGCUCUUUUUUUGGUCAACAUCAUAUGAAUAUGUUUGUACAUUGCUGUACGUUGCGAAGAAUGCCUAUUAUUUGUGAUCUUUCUGCAGUUCUACUGAGCAGAGAGUCGAUACACACUCUCCUGGAUCCACAAUUUAGGAGAGUGUAUUUGUAUUUUUUGGACAAUCAAUGUUUUGCUUCUCUUGUGAUUUGCACUCUGUUCUCUUGAGAGUGGAUUGUGACUCCUCCCAUUGUCUUUCUGUGUUUCUUUAGAAACAUCAGCGAACUAAAAUAAAGUGACCAAUAUCUCCUGCCUAUUUGCCUUAGUCUAAUUUAUUACCGAAAUGUUUUGGAUCAUUCAUUGUACAAUUAGGGAAAUGGUGUGCACUAAUUAGUGUGGUUACAAAGCAAGCCACACUAAUGUUAUAUUGUUUGAUCAUGUUCUCAAAUCGAUUAUCUCCAACUAUUUUUCUGUAACAUGUCAAUAUGAAUCCUGUAGUUUACCACUUGCAUGUUAAAGGCAUAUAUAAGGCCAACUUUGGUCUAGAUUAUUCCAGAUACACUCCUAUAUAUACAUGCACCACUAGGCUGGGAUUUUGUGUUCUCACGGGAGACGUUUCUUACAGAAAACGCUUUACAGCUGAGUAGAAAGCCGAGUGGGGGAGAGACGGUCUUAUCCUGCCCUAACAGCUGGAUGCCCAUUGUUCUAGGGACAGUGGCCGGGCGCCUGUUG